AUGCGGAGCCGCAAACCCGCCGCCAGCAGCAGCGCCCCCACCCGGGCGCUGCCAGCAGCAGCAUCAGCCGGCCAGGGCGCGGGGGCCCUGGGCCAUGACGGCGACACACACAAGGUAGACCAGGCAGCGGGCGGGGUCGCUGCAGCCGCAGCAGCUGCGGCUGUCCUCAUGCGCAAAGCCGCGGCAAGCAGUACCAGUGCCGCCGCCGCAACCAGAAGCAAUUCAAACAGCAGCAGUAGCAAUAGCAGCAGCAGCAGUAGCAGCACCAGCAGCGGCGGCGGCGGCGGCGGCGGCGGCGGUGCCAGUAGCGGCGGCGGCAGCGGCGGCGUCGCCAGCAGUGGCGGUGUCGCCGGCAGUAGCGGCGGCAGCGCCCAGGCGGCCGUCGCCGCUGCUGGUCCCCCCGCGGCGGCCUCCGCGCCGCCGCAGAGCGCGGUAGAGCAGCGAAUGGCGCAGCUGCGCGAGCUCCAGGCGGCCUCCAGCCAGGCGCUGGCGCAGCGGCCCGCGGUCGCGGCGGACGCGCACCUGCGGACGGCGCCGAGGUUGGUGGACGCCCGCAUGUAUGAUCAGUUGGUGCGCGUGCACAAUAAGCUCACGCGGGAGAUGGGGGCGCAGGAGGCGUUCGUGGUGGCGCUGCAGGAAGAGGUGUCCCGCUGCAACGAUGACCUGAUGGCGGCUCACGAGCUGCUUAAACAGAUUGCGAUGGAGUUUGGGACCACGAAGCGCCUCGCGCAGUCGGCCGCCGCGGCGGUGCAGUUUGGCGUGGACGCGGAUGCUGCGGUGACCAAGGUGGAGAAGCUGACUCAGCGGCUAGCCGCAAUGGAGGAGGCCGUGCUGCAGCAGCGGGACCAGUUCGGGUCCAAGGUGGUGCGCCGCGUGCCAGUCGAGUGGGUGGGCUGCGCCAACGAGGUGGUGCUGAUGGGGGACUUUGACGGCUGGACGCGCGGCCAGGAGCUGUCAGCGGAGGAUGUCACCAGCGACAGCGUCUACGCGCGGUUCGAGGGCACGCUGCUGCUGCGGCCCGGCCGCUACCUCGUCAAACUGCUGGUGGACGGCGAGUGGCGGCUGGCGGCGGACUGGCCAAAGGAGCUGGAUGGUGGCGGGAACGAGGUCAACGUGCUCACUGUGGAGUGA